UGCGACUAUUUGCGCGUCUGUCAUAGUCGGAUUCUCGAUGGCAUUGACGAUUUCCAGUUUCGACCUCGGCUUCUUCGUUUCAUGGACAGGAGGUUGGGUAAGAUUUAAGAAGAAUAGAAAUAUUGCGUCAGGUCAGGUGAUGGUUCAAACGUCGAUGGUUCAAACGAAUAUUCUCUAAAUUAUUUUUUUUCGUCGUUUUUAUAUAUUCUUCUAAAAAUAUAUGAAAUUAAAUGAAUUAUUUUUAUUUUUGAUCUCUCAAGAUAUCUUUGACAAUUAAAUUUAUCGAAUCGCCGAAUUGAUUAAAUUUUUUGAAUAAUGACAAAAGAAAGGAUUAAAAAAGGGAAAUCAUGUAAAAUAUAUAUAAGGUUAUUCAUUUGAUGUGUUAUACGAUUAAAAAUUUUAAUAUUUUGUUUGGCAAAUAUGAAUGUAUAACUCAAUAAUACAAAAUUAAAUAUUUUUUUUCUUUUAACGCGCCAUAAUUUGUUGUAACACAGUAGUGCCAUGCUGUUAAGUUUAACCGAAGCUCUAACUCGUGAUGCUUUAAUCAUUUGAGUCUGUUGUAUAUAUCGACGUAAGAUAACAUUGCACAAGAGUAUCGAUAAAAAAGAGGGAGACGCUGUAUCAGCAAUAAAUUUUCAUCGGAGCGCUUUAUAUCGAAUAUAGAAAUACUGAAUUCAGGUAGUAACAAGCUAAAGCUGUCAGAGAAGUUUUGGUAUUCCGUUAAUUGUGAAUAAAACAACGAUACUAUAAUUUGUGAUGUAUCUAUAAAAACAGUGAACAUAAUUAUAAUUGCAAAUAGUAUUAUUAGAAAAACAGAAGAAUUUGUUGAAUACAUACUAACAUGUCUUCCCUCCAAAAAUCGAUUUUGAAAUCAAAACUACCACCAUCGGGUGUCAAUUUUGGAAUUAGCUCUAGGAUUAAUAAAUCAAAGGGAUUUCAACGUAAGAGAGAUUAUGAUCCAGUUCAAUGGACUCCAUAUUUUGAUCAUUCUCAAGAUGUGAAAAUAGGAGAUGACAUAUUUCAUAUUUAUACUAAGGGUACAGAUGGUCCGACAUUAGUAUUGUUACAUGGGGGUGGUUACAGUGCAUUAACAUGGGCAGAAUUCACUAAAUCAAUUAUGACUAUGAUAGUAUGUAAAGUUAUGGCAAUUGAUCUUAGAGGACAUGGAGAUACUCAAACUUCAAAUGAAGAAGAUUUAUCUGCUGAUACCUUAGCAAAAGAUGUUGCAGAAAUUGUAAAUGCAACAACAAAAAAUAAUCCUGUCAUCCUAGUGGGCCAUAGUAUGGGUGGUGCAGUAGCUGUUAGAGCUGCAUCAUUAAUCACAAAUUUAUGUGGAUUAGGAGUUAUUGAUGUUGUUGAAGGGACAGCCAUGGAUGCAUUAGCAUCUAUGCAAAGCUUUCUAAGAUCAAGACCGUCUAGUUUUAGUUCUAUUUCCCAAGCUGUGGAAUGGUGUGUACGAAGUGGCCAAAUCCGUAACAUACAAUCAGCUAAGGUGUCAGUUCCUGGACAAAUAAGAAACAUCGAAACUAAUAAAUUAGCCACUCAUGAUAUUGAUUUGUUGUCACAAUCAUCAACAUGCCAGUGUAUUUCUGAGACUACAAUCCCACGAGAAGAUAUUAUUCAAGAAGAGGAACCAGUAAAUAUGCCACCACCAUCUACUCCAACCGGUACUACUGCUACUAGAAAAUAUGUUUGGAGAAUAGACCUAUCAAAGACUGAACAACAUUGGCUUGGAUGGUUUAAGGGUUUGUCAACAGCAUUUUUAAAUGUACCAGUUCCAAAAGUACUAUUAUUAGCUGGUGUCGAUAGAUUAGACCGAGAACUCACUGUUGGACAAAUGCAAGGUAAAUUUCAAAUGCAAGUAUUACCAGCAUGUGGACAUGCAGUACAUGAAGAUGUUCCAGAUAAAGUAGCAGAAGCAAUUGCUACUUUUAUGGUUAGACAUAAAUUUGCAGAAUCAGCAUCUGAUUUUCCACGAACAUUUCCUGCUUGUUAGGAUUUUAUGAAAAAUAACAGAUAUUUGUCAAGUAACAUGAUUAUAAAAUUCGAUAAAUUAGUUAAAAUGAGCAUUUUAUUUAUUUAAAAAUAUGUUCACAAAAUAUAUAUGAAUACAUAUGUAAAUAAAAACAUUUUGUCGACAAGAAAAAUAAAUUUGUUCGACGUAAAAAAUGUAUUUGUUAAAAAUAAAUUUGAAUAUGUUUAUACAAAAGACAUAGGUAUAAAUAUGUACAAAUUCACGAUAGUAUAUGCAACGUAUCAAAUGGAGUACAAACAUUGCUUUGUCUGUGUUGAAACACUAUGUUUUAAACAUAUAUUUAUAGACAAAAAUAAUGUUACUUUUAUGAUAUAGUAACAUCUGCAAAUAUCUUCUUCUGUAUCUACCUUCUGAUGUAAGAUUUUUAAUUAAAAUACUUUGAAGUUCCA